CCACCCCAACCACCACACACACACCACAUACCACCACACACACCACCACCACUACCACACACACACACACCACCACCACCACCACCACCACCCUCUCCCCGUCACACACACUUCACCCAUGUCGCUCCCCACCGAGGCCGAGGUGCUCGAGCAGUACAUGACCAGGCUGGAGGCCGUGACCGCACCGUCGUCCUCCGAAGGCGAGACGCUGGAGGCGCUCGCGGCUAUGAAGGAGGACCUCUUCCACAAGACGGUAGUGCUCCGGUCUGCAGGACGUGAGCGUGAGGCCGAGGCCAUCCUCCGCCCGCUGCUUGGCCUUUUUGCCUCGCCAUGGGCCAAGGUCCGCAAGUGGGUCGCUGGCUUUGCCGGCGAGCUGGUCGCCCUCGCCCCGUGGUGGCUCACCUCGCGGGCCCUCCUCGACGCACUUCGCAUGCUGCUGGAUGACACCAACUCGGCUGUGGCCAAGACUGCUGUGCUCUCCGUGACCAAGCUCUUCACCAAAGCCCUCUGGCUCCUGUGCGGCAACUCCGAGUCCGGGGCAGACACCCGCGCCGCAGCCAUGCUCGACGCCGCCUGGUGGGCCGACUUUUACAAGCUCGCAGACCCGGUCUUCAAGCACGGCAUGUCGUCGUCCAAGGACGGCCUCCGCAUUGCCGCCCUCAAGUUCUACGAGGCAUUUGCUCUCGCCUGUUUCUCGCUCCCGCAGAAGCCCGAGCCGGCGCUCCUGGCCGUCAUUGACGACGUCAACGCCCUCACCCGCCGCGCCAUGUCCCACGUCGAGGCUCUCUGCCGCAUGACCUCGGCCACCACCGUCACUGCCAUGGUUCUCAAGGUUGUCAUCGGCCUCCUGCUCAAAAUCGGCCUCACACACCAGCACACCCACGAGCUCGUCAUCGGUGCCCUCGUCGCGCUCGCCUCCAACACUCUCCGCCACAUCGCCAAGCAGCAGCAGGCCUCGACCAAGUUCCUCAUCAAGUCAGCCCUGCUCAAGUUCCUCCGCAAGCCCGAGACCGAGCCGUACCACGAGGAUAUGGUCGUUGCGCUCGGUCGCAUGGACGCCCACGACCCGGCUGAGAACGCCAUCCGCACCGCCGAGCGCGCCAUGGGCCGCCUCUCCGCCUUUCGCAAGCGCCAGCGUGACGCUGCCGAGGCCGCCCAGCGUGCUGCCCGCAAGCGGCAGAAGACCCAAGCCCUCGCCGCCAAGCUCACCAAGUCGCUCACCGACCUCGCCAAGCUCGAUCCCAAGCUUGUCGGCGUCAUCUCCAAGUGCGUUGAGGCUGCCGGCGGCGACCCGGGUCGCCUUGUCGAGCUUCUCAAUGCCGAGGGCGUGGACAUUGCCGCGGUCUCAGACGACCUCGCCGACAUGAUCGCCGCCACCGAAAAGGCCACUGCCGUCGCAGACAUGGACGUCGCGUCUGCGUCAGGCGAGCUCGGCGCGUCGGACCCGCGGCGGGCUGAAAAGGCCAUUCCCUGGGCAGAUCGCCUUGCCAAGGCCACCGCAGCCUCGCCGCCGGCGGCCUCGCUCUCGCUCUCGCAGUGCCUUGCGCUCUACGACGCCGCUCUCGCCCGCUGCACCUCGUCGCGUGCCGCCGUCGCCGCCGGCGGCGGAAACCACAUUGCGCUCGGCCUCAUUCCGCACCUCGGCCUGCUUCGCACCCUCGUCGUCAUCCAGGACGCGUCGCUGGCGGCCGCGCCCAAGACCCAGGCCGCCGAGCAGGCCCUGCUCAGCUUCCUGGCGAGCGAGCUGCCUCAGUCGAUGCCAACACUCGUCGGCUGGCUCCACCUGGCAUACGCCAACACUGCCGGGCUCACGCCGCUGCAGGCGCUCCCGGCCGAUGCAUACGACGCACUCCUCCUCCGGGUCAUUGACACCAUCGGCUCGCUCAAGACCGACGUGACGAGCCGCAUGGGUCACCUUGCGGUGGUGCUCGCCAACGCACCGGCGCUGCCGGGCUCGGCCGUCGCGCGCAUCAGCGAGCUCACCCAGCCCGCGCCCGAGCACGCCGCCGACGCUGCAACAAGCGUCUCAUCCUCGAUGGCGCUGUGGAGCGAGCUGGCGGUGAUGCGGCCGUCGGGCGCCGAGCCGUUUGUGGCCCACCUCCUCGACGCGGCGCUCUCGGACCGCAGUGAUGUCCGCGAGGUCGCCGCCGCCACAGUCGCCUCCAAGCUAUACUCGGUCGGCACGCACCGCGAGAUCAUCGAAGAGUUUGCUAAGACCGCCGUGGCCUCGCUCGCCAAGCUUGACCCGGCGAGUCUGCCGGAGGAGCAGGGCGCGGCGGACAACGUGAUCCAGACCAAGCUCGACCUGUUCCUCACGCUCAUGGGCAAGAAGCACGAGCUGCUGCAUGACUUUAUGACGGUGUACCCCGGCUUUGCCCAGGAUGUCAAGAAGCACGUUCACCGCCAGCUAGUGCCUGUCGUCCAGUCAAUGGGCUCGUCGUCACCGGUCAUCCUCAAGGUUGUGGAGACGCACCCCGAAGAAGCCAAGAUUCUCCUCUUGCAGAUUCUGCACGCACUCACCGACUCGGCUCCGCCGUCGCGGGAGCUCGUGGCUGCGGUGCUCAAGGUGUACAACGAGCGCGAGCGCAACGUCCGACUCCUCAUUCCGAUUCUCUCGGGCAUGUCGAACGCAGUCCUCCUCGAGCACGUCAAGGACCUCAUCGCGCUGCCGGAGCGGACCGCGCGGUUCGUGGUGGGUAAGCUGGUGCGGACCGAGGGCAUGGCGCUCUCGCCAGUCGACUUUCUCGUUCACGUCCACGUCCUCGAGCCCAACCCGGAGACGCUUCCGCGCCAGCGGCUGCAGGACGUCGUCUCGUGGGUCUUUGCCGACACAACGGUGACGUCGGACAAGCUCAUUGCCAUUCUUGUGCAGCGGCUCAUGUCGCACUCGGUCAUCCCGCCCAUGCUCAUGUCGACGGUCUCGGCCAUCUGGCGCGAGCGGCCGGCGCUCUCGCGGUUCAUCAUGUCGCAGCUCGGCCAACUCAUCUCGUCGUCCAAGUCGUCCAAGAAGAAGGUGUGGAAGGACGCGCAGAUCUGGCAGGGCUUUGUCGACUUUAUCCUCAUGGCGCGGCCGCAGUCGCUGCAGCUCGCUUUCCAGCUCCCGGUCAAGCCCUUUGCCGCCCUCCUCAAGCGCAACCCCGAGCUCCUGGCCAACCUCACCGCGUUUGCCAACGACCAGCGCGGCCGCAUCCCGCGCUCGCACAUCGAAGCUCUCCAGGAGCGCGCCAAGAAGAACCGCAAGAAGGCCAAGGCCGCGGCAGCCAAGGCGGCCCAGGCCGCUGCCAUGCCGCAGGCGGAGUAA